UGUGGACAUUGAGGCACCGGAAGGUUCCAGAACAUUGUUAAAUGGUCUUCUCGACAGACACAGGGAACCACAAGCCGGACUUGGAGAAAAAUGGGGAGCCUAUCCCACUUAAGGUGGCGCCCCUGGAGACGUCAGUUCACAUGGGAAAAGAGCCCCACGAGAAUGGAGUCAACGGGUCAGCCAAGCACGACCCCCCAGAGAAAAAGUUUGAGAUCGACUACGGUUUUGGUGACGAGUUGACCCGCCCGCCCCUGCCCGUCAAGGAGCAUGUCAAGAAUUGUUGCAGGAGUUGUUUCUCCUUGGACACCCUCAAGAGUCGCUUCCCCAUCAUAACAUGGCUGCCGCAAUACAAUUUGUUCAAGAUGCAGUGUGACAUCAUCGCUGGUAUAACCGUUGGUCUGACCGUCAUCCCUCAGAGUCUGGCUUAUGCUGGCAUCGCGGGGCUGCCCCCUGUGUACGGCCUGUACUCCUCCUUCAUAUGCACGUUUGUCUACACUUUGAUGGGCUCAGCUAAGGACAUCACCAUCGGCCCCAGCGCUAUCGCCUCCCUCAUCACCGCAUCCUUCGCCACCUCCGUCUCCCCCACCCUGCCCAACGGGGACAAGGACGCGACCUUGGCCAUCCUGCUCUCUUUCACCACCGGACUUAUCUUCAUCGCCAUGAGCGCCCUCAAACUUGGCAUCAUCGUCAGCUACAUCUCCUUACCUGUCAUCAACGCUUUCUCCUCGGCCGCCGCCAUCACCAUUGCCGUCAGCCAGAUCAAGACAUUACUUGGCCUAAAGGGAAUUCCCAACGAUUUCAUAGACAGCUUGAAUGAGAUUGGCAAAAAGUUGUAUCUUACAAACGUGUGGGACCUGACCAUGGGCAUGACCUGUAUCGUUGUUGUGGUUCUCUUGAAAAAACUGCGAGAGAUCAAGUGGAAAAACAACCCCGACAAACCACCAUCCAUGGGGGUGAUGCUGUUGCGGAAAUGUAUUUUCAUUUCUGGCGCUAGCUCUACAGCCAUCGUGGUCAUCCUGGCGGCCAUAGUCCUGUACAUCCUGGAGACCAACGGCAUCCACGCCAUCACACCCACGGGUAAAAUCAAGCCAGGGAUGCCAGACUUCCAGCCCCCCAAGUUCGACAUCCACAUCGGCAACUUGACCGUCACAACAGCCGAAGCGUUUGCUAAACUUGGUGCCGGGAUAGGAAUUGUGCCGAUCAUCUGUCUCAUAGAGGCCAUGUCUGUAGGAAAAUAUUUCGCCCGGGUUAAUCAGUACAAGCUGGACCCUACUCAGGAACUUUUGGCCUACGGUAUCGGCAACAUUCUGACGUCAUUCUUUCAAGGCUACACCAUCACGGGGACUUUCUCCAGGACAGCUAUCAAUGCCCAGUGUGGGGUCAAGACACCUUUAGGCUGCAUCCUCACCGGUGUCAUCGUCAUCAUCUCCCUGUUUUUCCUGACCCCCCUCUUCUACUACAUCCCCAAAUGUGCUCUGGCCGCCGUCAUCAUAGCCGCUGUCUUGGCCAUGGUGGACUUUACCACAAUCAAGAUGAUCUACAAGGCCAACAAGCUUGAUCUGCUGCCUUACGCCAUCACCUUCAUCUGUACGUUGGUCAUUGGCAUCCAGUGGGGAAUCUUCGUUGGCAUCGGUGUGUCGCUCUUCAUUCUCCUUUACCCCAUCUCAAGACCCAAAAUUUUAUUCUCCAGCCAACAAGGAUUUUUUAUCGUGACCCCCACACAUGGACUGACCUUUCCUGGAGCUGAGUUCCUGGAGAUUAAGGCACUGGACAAGGCUUUGGAGGUUGAAAAACCAAAUAAUGUGAUCUUGAACAUGGAACACGUCUCAAACAUCGAUUUCUCGGCAGCCCAGUCCCUCAGGUCUCUCAUAGUGGAGUGUGAGUUCCAUGGGAUGAAGUUGAUUCUUGCACAGGCACAGAAACGGGUUCGACGCCAACUCAAGAUUGCCAAAAUUGCCAACCUUGUGCUGGUCAAAACAAUACAGGACGCCAUUGACAAGUUUUCUAAGCCGUCAAUGGAUUCUCACGAGUUUGAGGUCCCUCCCCCCAACGAAAACAAUGGAGCGGACGAUGCUUUCAUCAUGAGCCGCCUAUAAGAGGACAUUAUACAUGUGUACAUAUCUGUACAUAGGAUACCUCACUUGUAAAGUUGACAGGACAUGUGUACAAAGAUAAAACGCUUAAAAGAAAACGUUGCAAAUGCAACUUAAAGUUGACAUAUAUCAAAUCUACAAAACAUUUUAGCCGUAUGAAAAGUGUAAAGAAGUCUAGUAUAUAUUUUAGCCGUAUGAAAAGUGUAAA